ACAGCACAGCACACAGACACAGCUCACUCUGUGGCGCCAAAUACUCCCUAAAAAACAAACCUCACCCGUUAAAAUGAUUAAAACCAGCAACGACGAUAACAGCUACGCUAUUCAAUGGCUCUAUUCAACGCUCUCUCUUCUUCUCUUUUCAGACCCCAGACUUUCUUCACAAAAAUACCCUCAAUUUCGUCUCACAACAGAAUCUCACAACUCCCGUUAACUCUUUCCUGCUCAACUUCAAAAUCUCCGUCUCCUGAUUUCGAUGAUGAGAGAACCGAUAAGAAAAGGCCAAACCAGAGACUGUCGGAGCAGUCUUCUUGGGAGGCCAAGGAUUUGGAGGGGAGAGACUAUCUCUACCGGCUGGGGAAAGAGGCCGAUAACAUGAACAUCGCCGUCGGAGCCAGGGAUGGAGUCAUCGAUCCUCUCUUUGCCGGAAAUUUUCUAGGCCGAGACUCGGAUAUUGUGUUUGAUUACCGUCAGAAGGUGACGAGGUCCUUUGAGUACCUUAAAGGCGAUUAUUAUAUAGCUCCCGUGUUCUUGGAUAAAGUUGUAUGUUUCAUUGUGAAGAACUACAUAGCUCAUCUUCUUAAUACCAAAGUUCCGUUGAUCCUAGGUAUUUGGGGAGGAAAGGGGCAGGGAAAAUCAUUUCAGACUGAACUUAUUUUUCAAGCUAUGGGGAUUGAACCAGUAAUUAUGUCUGCUGGAGAAUUAGAAUCAGAAAGGGCUGGAGAACCAGGAAAAUUGAUUCGUGAACGCUAUAGAACAGCUUCUCAAGUGGUCCAGAACCAAGGCAAGAUGAGCUGUUUGAUGAUCAAUGAUAUUGAUGCUGGCCUUGGUAGAUUUGGAAACACUCAAAUGACAGUGAACAAUCAAAUUGUUGUUGGGACUCUAAUGAAUCUGUCAGAUAACCCUACAAGAGUGAGUAUUGGACAAGACUGGCGAGAAUCAGAUGUCACAAACAGAGUUCCUAUCAUUGUGACUGGAAAUGACUUUUCAACGAUUUAUGCCCCCUUGAUUCGUGAUGGAAGAAUGGAAAAAUUUUACUGGCAACCUGACCGUGAAGAUAUUGUGAACAUUGUUCACAGAAUGUAUGAAGAGGAUGGCGUAUCUAGAGAUGAGGUUAUAAGCAUUGUAAACACAUUUCCUAAUCAAGCUCUGGACUUCUAUGGAGCUCUAAGGUCACGAACUUAUGACAAGUCAAUUUCUAAGUGGAUUGAUGACAUCGGCGGUGUUGAAAAUCUUGGUGACACCCUUCUGAAACGAAGAAAGAAUGAAGAACUUCCUGUGUUUACUCCCCCAAGGCAAACAUUGGAGGCUUUGCUUGAAUCAGGCUAUUCUCUCAUCAAAGAACAACAGCUGAUAAUGGAGAAUAAACUUUCAAAGGAAUACAUGAAGAACAUUGACGACUAGAAAAGAGUAUGCCUUUGCACUCAGUUUUGCAUGCUACCCAGUGAAUUCUUUAAUUAUUCGAUGUCUGGAAGAGAGAGAAAAACUGAAAGAUUUAAAUCAAAUGAAGAAAAUUAUUUGUAAUAAUUAGAGAAAUUAUUUGCAAGUAGAAAAGAACUUGGGCGCUGAGCAUGAUUUCACUUUCCUUGGUCUCUAGGUCUGCCAUGGAUUACGUAUAUAAUUAUAACCUGAUGAGAAUUUGUUGUGUUUCUUUUUUAAUUGAUUGGGUUCCGAUCUA